ACUUACAUACACAGUGAGAGAGAGGCACAAAUACAAAGAAAAGGCGUAUAUUUUUGUUGAUUUGUUUGAUUGUAUUUUUCUCACAAUAUACAGAGAAAACGUCAUAAUACGAAAGCACAGAUAGCUACAACAUACGCUCAAGAGGUUUAGAAAUCUUCGCUCACUUUUCGAUGAAAUUCGACAUAAAACAAAAAAAAGAAGUGAAGAGAAACGAACGAAUAAUUUUGAAUAACGGAAAAAUCAACAAAGAUUAAUUAUAUUCAAGAAAGUGAUAGACGCAUAUAUUUCGCAUAUUCAUUAUUUUAUUUAUCGAUACGGAUUUUGAGUUUUUUUUAUUGAUAAUACUUUUUCAACUUUGUAGUAAAACAUAACUAACUAACGGGAACAAAACUGUUCGGAUCAUCAUCAGCAAAAAGAGACAAAAAAUAGAGAUCGAAAAAGAGAGUAAACUGAAAACGAGAGAGCACCAAGUGGAGAGUAGAAGAGAAGAAAAUAACAAACAAAGACAUACGUAGCGAACCACUAAUAAAUAGCUGCAUUUUGUACUGUUACACAAUUUGUAAUUGCGUCGCAUCGUAAACAAUACAAAAACUGUCUACAAGAACGCAAUAGAAAAAUAUUGUUGAAGCACAGAAUAAAUUAGAUUAAAUUUUUUUUUUUUUAUUCAAAGUUAAAAAAGAAAUUAGAACAACAACAAACCAUGUGAGAUUUUCAUGAUAAAUAAUAACGGCGACAUAAAAAAGAAAACCAAAAUAGGAAUCGAUAUAUUCAUGGGGAUAAGUGUUAUUUUAAAAAGUGUUUGCUUCUCAAAAACUGUAUGGGAAAUUUCGAAUCAAUACAAUGACCCCUAUACAAUUUUUUGGGUGAUAUACAAUGACCCCCUUGGUGAUAUACAAUUUUUUUUAAACAUAUAAUAUAUUCAAAAAGAAUUAUGCAAAACAUCCAACCGUGUUCAUCGUGAAUGUAAUACAAAAUUCUUGUUUCACUUUUGUUCAAAUUUGAUCAUAGAAAAUCGAAUCUUUAAUCAAAUAUCCGCUAAAGCAAGAAGAAUAAAAACUAACUAACCCCUCCAAAAAUUCGAUUUUUUUUAAGUAAACCGAUUAUAAAAUAACUGGAAUUUCAAGCCAAAAAAAAAUCGUAGUGUAGACCCACUGCUAUAAAAACUACCAACACAAGGCUGUGAAAGAAACAAAAGCCUUUUUACAAACUACGUCAAAUCGGAUCGAAAUCAUCCCAAAUCGUUCGACAAAAAGUUAUCAACAAAAUAUUUAACAAAUUGAAUAAUUAUUUAUUGAAUUAAAAAUCUCAAUUUAAAAAUAAAUAAAACCAAAAACUGUGACGCUAUAAUAAAAAAAAUCGAUAAACCAAUACUGAGAACACGAAAAAAGAAUUGGAAUAAAAUAACAGUAAUUUAAAGAUUUAAUUAAAAACAAAAAAACUAAAAAAUACGACCGAACUUAUUUAUCUCAAUGGGAGUCAUUUACAAUCUCACGAAUAUAGAAUAUAAAAUUAAAUUAAAUUAAAUUCUUACCUAGAAAAUACAAAAAUUAGUACACCGAACUCAUUUAAGACUAAAUAAAAGAAUGAAGAUGAUUAUUUUUGUCGCUGCCCUCUUCAUAUAAUUAACUUCAGUUGGAGAAGACAACAUAUUUAAAACAACAACAACACCAAUAUAAUUAAUCAAAUCAUUAAUUGCAUUCGAUAUAUCCACGAAACCGAACUCCUCUUAAAGAGAAAAGAAAAUCUAGAAAAGACGAACAAUUUUGCUAAACUAAAUCAGUUCAUUUUGACGAGGUACUGCUGCCUUUGCUGCUUUUACAAGGGAACAACGAAAUAGUUCCAAAAUGGUCAAAACAUUUCAAGCAUAUUUACCUCCAUCAAACCGAACAUAUUCAUGCGUUCACUGCCGGGCACAUUUAGCUAGUCAUGAUGAGCUAAUAUCGAAGUCGUUUCAAGGUAGCCAAGGGAGAGCCUAUUUGUUCAAUUCUGUAGUCAAUGUGUCUUGUGGACAAGCUGAAGAACGCGUAUUACUAACAGGCUUACACGCGGUAGCCGAUAUUUAUUGUGAAUGCUGUAAAACGCCUCUGGGCUGGAAAUACGAGCAUGCAUUUGAAUCCAGCCAAAAAUAUAAAGAAGGGAAAUACAUAAUCGAAUUGGCCCAUAUGAUAAAAGAGAAUGGCUGGGAUUAAUAGAGCACACAACAAUAGGAAGCUACAGCUUCAAGUAAAGCUUCAUCUCUAUUCUUAUAAGUCCAGAAGAAACUAUAUGUUUUUUUCUUUUUUAAUUUAAGAUGGAUCUUAUAUGUAAUUUUUUUUUCUUUGAUCGAUAAUCACUUUUUUGAUUAUGUUUUUUACAAAUUUAUGAUAAAAUAUAAUGCUAUUAUAGAAUGCGUUGUCUAAGGAUAAUUGUCUAAAUCAGAAUGAUUGUAUUUUUUGGCGCAUGCUUUCUAAAGUAUGUCAUUUAAAGCGUAAGGAAAUUAUUUUUCCGGGAUGAAUCGAACGAAAAGUAGAGAAGAAACCAAAAAGGACAUUGUAUUUUUUUAAUAAAUAUCACCGUAACUACUUGAUGAUACUAAAACUUCUGAAAAAAUGAAGGAAAGUUGGAAUAAUACAUGAUUCUUUUUGUGAAUGGAAAAGGAAAGGAUUCAUUUGAAAAAGUUUAAUUUUUCAUCGAGUAGAAAAGAACAAAGAAACAAGAAAAAUUCGAAAUUAAUAGUGAUAAUAUCGCCAGCGACUCUAAAAUUUUGCUGAGUUAAUAAAAACCAGGAAAACUCUUAAUCACAGAUAUGGCAAGAACCGCCAUUCUUUCCACACAAACAUACUUAUAUUAGAGUAAGGUGGGGUAAUGUGUACCAUGGGGUAAUGUGUACCAUCCUUAAUUUUCGUACGUAACGAUGAUAUAGUCAACCAAAUUUCUAUCAUCAGUUGCUUUUGACAACAUCUUGUUUUCUAUAAAAAAAAAGCACGAGGUACAAUGCACAUUUUGUUGCCUUACGACAAACGCGCCUUUUUCAAAAGCUUUUCCAAGCCAUCAUAUAAAUCGUGUUUCUGUGAAAUUUUUUCGACAUAUAUGAAGGUAAAUAUAUUCAUAGUGUUGGUUUUUUGUUUAUCUUUAUUAACCCAAAGAGAUUUUGUGAUUUGCUCAUAUGGUUUUUGUGUAGUGUCAAUCCGCAUAUAAUAGCGUCAGUGGGGUAAUGUACAGAUUUACAUUUUCUGUAUGUUAAUAAUAUGUUAAUGCCCAAUAUAUUUAUUAUUAUGUUAUGUUUGAAUUUUUUUUAUCUUAAUAAAUCUUAUUAAGAUACGGUUCAUCUUAAUAAAAUCAUCGUUGAUUUGUCUUCAAGAAGCCUCAAUUGAACAUUUAAGGCGAUUUAUGUGGAUAUUUAUGCUUUUUAUUAUCAAAUUUUAAUGUUGGUACACAUUACCCCACCUUUUGGAAAAAGUCCAAAAAUCUUCAGUUUUGAAAAUGUGAAAAAAAAUAUGAAAAAACCAAAAUUUUGAAAAUCUGCUCAUACACAUAUUUUGGAUUUUCCUCUCUCUACAGAAUAGAGCCAUCAGUGGUUCAAAUAUUCAAUUUUUUAUAUUUUUAUGGGACUAAACAAAAAAGUGGUACACAUUACCCCACCUUACUCUAUAUCUUUAAAAAUGAAUUUCUCCCCAAGUCCCCCAAAACCUUUUUAUAGCAUAUUUAACUGUCUAUAUUGUGAAUCUAAUCCAUGAAAUUAAAAUAGUAUGAAAACAUAUUAUUACAAA